GGUACAUUUACAAGUUUUCCUGCAGUAUAUUGUAAAGUAAUGGCAGGCAUCUGCAUGCCUAAGCAGGUCAUUGUAAAACAAAUCUUGAGUAAUUAAUGGUCUACAAACUAUUUAACAAACUCGCAUACUGUGCCAAUAACUACACUUUAAGCUUAGGUGGGAUCUGUUCAGUUUCUCAUGCAUCGGUGACUGUUCUCUAUAUUAGGAGACAAUGGCCCAGUGCCAAACACGUGUCCAUUGAGCCCUGGCUUGGCUCGGGUGUCCGUGGCAGCAGCCAGGCAAGCCCCGCCAAGUGCAACACCUGCAGAAGCUGUACCCGUUCAAUCGCCUGAACACCACCGAGCCGAUGGCUCAGGUGCCAGCAUGAUUGACAUUGGACAGGGUCUGCGUGUGGCAGCAGAGGCAUGGCGGCGAAUUCAAGCUAGAGACAAAGACCCGAUGUUUGUGAAGGACUUGCUCAUAACCAUCUGGGACCCAGCCCAGUUGCAAGGCCGAUCUUUGCAGGGGAAACAUUGCCCUCGUUAUCCAGAUCGACCUAGGAAGGAGCCAUUGACUCCAUGGAAGGUGUCGGUCAUGCAAGCCUGCUACAAGCGCCGCUUGGAAAAACAAGGCUUUCCCGAGAGUGUGGUGUCUACAUUAAUGAAAAGAAUGAACCACUAUGUCGGCGAGAAGAUUGCCGACAUUGAUAAAACAGCCAAAAGGUUGUGGCGUGAGUGA